CGUUACUGAGAAAAUUGCUGUUCGUUCCGCCAUAUCGGAAUUUGCACCUCGUGGGUGCAUGGAAGUUGAUUGUGUUUUUAGACUUAUAGCUUGGUAAUUAGUGUACAGAUUCCCACUACCAGGAUGCCACCUAAGAACCCAUUGCCUCCGAAAGAGAGUGCGUUGUUCAAGCGCAUUCUGAAAUGCUAUGAGCAGAAACAGUAUAAGAAUGGUUUGAAGUUUGCAAAGCAAAUUUUGACAAAUCCAAGGUUCUGUGAACAUGGAGAAACACUGGCAAUGAAAGGGUUGACCUUGAAUUGCUUGGGCCGAAAAGAAGAAGCAUAUGACCACGUGCGGCGUGGUCUUCGCAAUGAUUUGUCAAGUCAUGUGUGUUGGCAUGUUUAUGGUUUGUUGCAAAGAUCUGAUCGCAAAUAUGACGAGGCCAUCAAGUGCUAUCGGAACGCCCUCAGAUGGGAUAAGGACAACCUUCAGAUUUUGAGGGAUUUGUCAUUACUUCAGGUCCAGAUGAGGGACAUGGAAGGAUACCGGGAAACCAGGUACCAGCUGCUAGCACUUCGUCCUGGACAGAGAGCAUCGUGGAUAGGCUACGCUAUGGCUUAUCAUUUGUUAAAGGACUAUGACAUGUGUCUGAGGAUCCUGGAAGAAUUCCGGAAAACACAGACACCCAAGCCGUACUAUGACUACGAACACAGUGAGCUGCUGCUGUACCAGAACCUGGUCAUGCAAGAAGCCGGGAUGAAGGAGGAGGCCAUGGAGCAUCUACGCAGCUACGACAAACAGAUUGUAGACAGACUCUAUGUACAGGAAACCACAGCUCAUCUGUUGACGCUGAUGGAAGAACACGAAAAAGCUGCAGGAAUUUACAAAGAUCUCAUUGACAGAAACCCAGAGAACUGGGCAUAUUACAGAGGAUAUGAAACUGCCAUGCAUUUAAAUGACAAGCCUGAUGAGAGAAUGGAAUUGUACAAAGAUGUUCUUGAAAAGUUUCCACGUGCCACAAUGCCCAAGCGUUUGCCGCUGAAUUUCACCACAGACGAUGUGUUCAGAGAACUCAUUGACGACUACUUGAAGAAGGCUCUGAGAAAAGGCGUUCCCCCUUCGUUUGUAUCAAUCAAAUCAAUUUACCAGGAUCCUUCUAAAGUUAAAGUCAUUGAAGACCUUGUGCUUUCAUAUGUGGACAACCUCAAAGAAUCAGGGAAAUUCGACAGCAAUGGUGAGGAGGAGCCAGCGACAGCACUGCUGUGGGCCUACUACUACCUAGCUCAACACUUUGAUUUCUUGCGCAAUGAAGUAAAGGCAUUGGAGUUCAUCAACCUGGGAAUAGAGCACACACCUUUGUUGAUUGAGCUCUAUGUAUUCAAAGCAAAAAUAUACAAGCAUGCGGGUGAUAUAGAGGAGGCUGUGCGACUGAUGGACGAGGCACAGUCACUGGACACUGCUGACCGUUACAUCAACUCAAAAUGUGCCAAGUAUAUGCUGAGGGCCAACCGAAUCCAAGAGGCAGCUGACAUGUGUUCCAAGUUUACCAGGGAGGGAAUUCCGGCUGUGGAAAACUUGAACGAAAUGCAGUGCAUGUGGUUUCAGACGGAGUGUGCUUUCGCCUACAAGAGACUGGGCAAAUGGGGAGAAGCGCUGAAAAAGUGCCAUGAAAUUGACAGACAUUUCACAGAAAUCAUUGAAGACCAGUUUGACUUUCACACGUACUGCAUGAGGAAGAUGACUCUACGCUCGUACGUGGGUCUGUUGCGACUGGAGGAUGCUUUACGGAGUCAUCCUUUCUAUUCCAGGGUCGCUUUUCUUGCUGUGGAGAUUUAUCUCCAUUUAUCAGAGCAUCCUUUGGCUGACACAGACCAGGAUAAUGAUGUCAAUUCAGAAAACCUCUCCCCGAGUGAGCUGAAGAAGAUGAAGAGGAAACAAAGAAAAGCUCAAAAGAAGGCCGAGUUGGAAAAGGAGAAGCAAAAGGCUGAACAAGAGAAGAAAGAUCAGAAUAAAAAUAAGGCCCAGGAUGGAGAGAUGGAUGGUCCGAAGGAGGAAGAACUGAUUCCAGACAAGCUGGCCAGGAUUGACGAUCCUUUAGAGCAAGCCAUCCACUUCCUGAAGCCCCUGCAGAUGUUGACGCCGCAGUGUGUGGAGACUCAUGUCCAAGCUUACGAAAUUUACUCGAGAAAAGGAAAAUUGCUGUUGAUGUUGCAAUCCCUGAAGAGAGGCGUGCUGGCUGAUAGGGCCAAUCCCCAGUUUCACACAUGCCUCAUCCAUUUCCUACAGUAUGUUCAAGAACAAAGGGAGCUGCCCGGACCGACCAAGACUGUGAUAGAUCGCGAGAUGAAGAACAUCUACGAGGGCAAGACGGCGCUACAGCUCAACGAAGAGUUCCUGGCCAGCAACGCCAACUCUCAAGAACACCGCUUAGCAGCUGCCCGUAUGAUGUACAAGCUCGACUCGUCUCGCCAGGUAGAGGCCGUAAAGCUGGCAACAAGUUUGGAAGGCCACCUCACCGGGGUCACCAUCCAGAACUGCAUUUCUGUGCUGGAGUGUCUGUGUUCGGGGGAGCUGGGCAAGUGUGAGCAAGAAGCCAAGGACUAUCAACUCUUGAGCCACCAACGCUUCCCCUACGCCACUGCCUUCAUCGCACCAAGUCCUUCCUCCUCUCUCACCACCAACCACUCGGAACAAAUCUUAGUCAACGGAUCUGCCCUCAAGAACGAGUCCUGAUGUACAGACAGGGCUUCCACCCCCUUUAGGCACCACCGUUACCAAUAUCAUUAGCCCUAGCUGUGUGAAUCGUGACAAAAGCAAAUAUUAUCUCUGUGUGUGUGUGUGUGUGGCCUGGGGUGUCGCCGACUCCACACAGGAACAGGAAAUCCGAGGCCUCUGCAUCCGGCAGUUGCUGGUGGUGGGCUGUUAGCUGGCUGUUCUUGACGCACGCCGGCACCACCCGCCCGCCCACCUACCUACCGCGUAGACAUGUGAAGGAUGUGUGGAGCCAUGCUGUGGUGUUUAUUCAGUGCUUUCUACUGGUUUGUUUUGCUCUUUUAAAAAAAAAAAUUUAAAAAAUUUUCCGUGUGGUUUAUUGAUCAGGAAAUUGUGUCUAGGUUGACUCCCCACGACUUUUGUCUCCUCGAGGAUCACACACACAGGAGGAUGUGCCUGUCGUUGUCUGUGGGGGACACGUUGCAGUGGUGGCGUGUGGUCACAAGCAGACAGGGGGCAGUGUGCUCCGGGACAUCAGUAUUUGUGGAGGAUGUUUCUCCCCCCCCCAACCCCUCCUGGCUCUGUCCCGACUGGACUGGCUGAUGAAGCUACAGAUAACCAAGGUCACCUCCUCUUCUUUGACUGACAUUUACAGCUCUGGCUUUUGGGAUUUGUUGUUGGGGGUUUUUGUUUGUUUUUAGGUAAUAUCAAUUUUUAAAGAAAAUGCGGUGUUGAAUGGGUUUAGUAAUAAUUGUGCAAAA